UCACCUGCCGCCGGGCCGCCCGCGCCGACGUCGCUUGCGCAGGAGAUAGUGCCGGUGCCGCCGACCGCGGCCGGAUACGGACAGAGUGGCGUGGUGAAAGUGGAGAAGAUAGACAUUGCGGAUGACGACGAGGGCCUGGCGGCGCUCGGUCAGGUGGUCGACUACGAGGGUAGCUACGACUCUGACCAGUCGCUGGGCGCCAUCCCCAUCUCGGACCCCGGCCAAGGUGGGGCGAUGUUCGCGGCAGGCACGUCGGAGGGCAGCGCCGGCACAGCCGGCGACCCGGAGGGCGGUGCGCGCCGGCCGCGCUGCCACAUGUGCGGCAAGUGCUACGGCAGCCGAGAGGCGCUCAACAACCACAUGACGCUGCAUAAGGGCCUCACCAACUGCUGGAUCUGCGGCAAGUGCUUUGCCACCACCAGCGCGCGCAACAAGCACGUGCGGGUGGUGCACGGAAUCGGACAUCUGGCCAAGUGAACGUUCUGUGAAAAUGACAAAGUGGUCCCAUUGUGCGUGAAAAUAAACUGGCUAAAUAAUCCGGGUGAUCGACGUGAACAAAUGGUCCGAAGUGCAAGCAGGAUGUUUCGGAGUUCGCCCAUUUCUUUGGUCAUCACAGCCAGUAUUUGCUCAGGAACAUGGCGACAUUGCAGGUCAGUAUUGUCACUUCUAGGACGGUUGGGCUCCCUUAUCCUUUCAUGUUAUCAGAAGUCUUGAUAAUGCGGCCUCAAUGCCGCGCAAAGCUGUAUAAACCGUUCAGGUUUAUUGCCCAAACAGAUUAAAAGGAGUGUCCCUUCUUUGAGCAUAUUUAAAAAGCCUACUC